UGUGCUCUCAGCUGAUAUAUUUAGUACAAUUUCCUUUUUUUGUGAACUUAAAUAUUAUCUACAUUGUAAUAUGAUUUAUACGUGAUAAGAAUUCUUGAUUAUUUUUUAUCAUUCUCACAGCUAUCGUAAUUGGGAAGCAAUAUGGAAACGUCUGACAAAAGACAAAUUCCGAUGCUAUUGAGGAAAGUAUUGGCAGUGGAUGCGUAUUUGACAGAUGUGUUUGUUAAGUUCAUAGAAAAACUUCUACCCUUCAAACAGUUAAAAGUACACUAUCAAUUAUUAGAGGUAUCAUGUCACGGCAUACCUUGGCUAGGAACAUCUCUUGCAUUAAUUUGGAUUCUCAACAGCAAAAGCUUGUAUCAAAUGCAAGUAAAUUUGCUAAUAGGACUGUUGUUUGACACUAUCUUGGUUGCUGUGAUAAAGGCAAUCACACGAAGAAGACGGCCAAUCUCUAAUGAUGAUCUAUUUGCUAUAGGUCCUGAUAAAUAUUCCUUUCCAUCUGGACAUUCGUCUCGCGCUGCAUUUAUUGUAUAUUUCUUCUUUUAUAUAUGGUCUAUACCUUUGAUAUGCGUACCACCUUUACUAGCAUGGUCCUUCUCCGUGUGUAUGUCUAGAUUAUUGAUGAGAAGACAUCAUAUACUUGAUGUACUUGUUGGAGUAUUUCUAGGUAUCUUUGAAGGCCUAAUUAUAGGUUAUAUUUAUUUAGAACAAGAAACAUGCAUUAAUUUAAUUUCCUGGAUUACAGAUGUAAACAUACAUACAUCAAAAUAAUAAUAUUAUAUAACUGUU